AUGACAAAUAUGAGGGACAUGGCAGGAUUUUUAAGGGCCAUGAAGGACUGCGGCAUGAAGCAUGUCGUGUUCUUGGGAAUGUUAGAGCCUGAUGAGCAUGGUAGACGGAAAGCUAUAUGCAAAACAUGUGGUAAGCAGUACUUAGCAGAUGAUGUGAGCGGCACAUCUAAUUUAUUACGCCAUUUGGUAAGUCAUGCUCAUAAUGAGGAGCAGCCUACUGGAUUAGCCACGGUUGAUCAUGAGAUAUAUCGUGAUAAGCUGGCUAUUGCAAUUGUUAAACAUGACUACCUCUUCCAAUUUGUCGAACACAUUGGAAUUAGGGAGUUGCAUUUAUUUUUAAAUUUUUCUGUGAAAAGCAUUUCGCGUAAUACAGCUAAAUCUGAUGUGUUAAAGAUUUAUAGAAGAGAAAAAGAAAAGGUCAAAAAAGAGCUUGAACUUGUACAAGACCGAAUUUGUUUGACUCAUGAUCUUUGGUCUUCUAUCACAAGUGAUGGAUACAUGUCACUUACAGUACAUUAUGUUGACCAGAAUUGGAAUUUACAGAAGAGAAUAGUUGUGUUUCGUCAUGCUGGAUUGGACAUGAUUGAUGAAGCAAUAUAUAAAAUUAGGGAAAGUGUAAAGCAUGUAUUUUCUCGACUUCAAGAUGUGGAUGAUGACUACAAGUUGUGUCCUUCGGAAGAGGAAUGGCAUAGGGUCGGAAAGAUUGCAGAGUUUUUUAGGCCUUUCUAUGAUAUGACAUUAUUGUUCUCGGGAAAGUACUCUAAGAACAAUGCUGCUAUCACUGCUGCACCAAUGGAGGGUACUUUUAAUAGUGAUGAUGGACACACUAGAGAUCUCAUGGAUGGUUUUGACAUGUACCAAUCUCAACAAGGGGCUAAUGGUAACAAAUCUGAGUUGGAGUUGUAUCUUGAGGAGCGACUAGUAGAUCCAUCUAAGUCUGCUUUUAGUCAUGGUGGGAGAAUUCUUGAAAAAUUUCGAACUUCUAUGUUGCUAGAUAAUGUGGAGGCACUAUUAUGUUGUCGAGAUUUGUUGUAUAAUAGUGAAGAUAGUGUUGAUAAAGAUUUUGAAGUUGAGCAAGAAGAUGAGGAGCAAGAUCUUGGAAUUGAUAUUAGUAGAUUUAUUGCUGAAUAA